AUUUUAAGAUGGAAGAAAAAGAAAGUCAUGAAUCUGUCGUGAGGAAUACCACUGAAGAAAAGCAAUCGUUGAUCCAGAGUAUGGCGGAUAAGGAGGAAGAACCUACUAAUGGGGGUGAUGGUGACUCAGUGCAUGCCAGUCCUUGGCAGUGGGUUCCUCUCUCUAUUCUGGCAGCGAUAGUAUUUGCAGUUGGGAAUACAUUAGUGAGCCCAAUAGCAAAGUUCAAAUACUGGACCAGAGCAAUUCAAGCUCCUGGAAGUGUUUUAGGAUGUAUUGUUCUUCUUACAAUAGUCACAAUAUUUGAUCGUCGUAGAGGAAACCCCAACUGGUUUAAAGGGAUUUAUUUCAAACAUCCUCACCGUGGUUUAAAAAACCAAGGCAUUAGAUAUCCAAGAGUGAUUCUAACAAUCGGUUGUGUGCUUGUUCUUCCUAUUCAGUUCUAUUCAUUCACAAUGAGUUAUUUCUAUGCGAGUAAAGCUGGGAUGAAUGAUGGCAUCAUCAUGGCAAUCUGAAUCUUCAAACCGAUAAUCAAUUCUAUUGCAUUCAGACUCUUAUAUAACCAAAAACUCAGAUACUUUGAGAUUAUUGGCAUUUUAUUUUCAGCCGGCUCUAUUGUUCUUAUCGGGGUUUCACAACAAUCAGACAGCGAAGGACACAAGAGACUCUAUAUGUUUAUCUCUAUGGGGCUUAUGUUCGUAGCUAUUUUCUUAGAAGCUUUAAUAGGCAUUGUUGUCAAAUAUUUUCUUGCCUUUAAAGACAACAAAGCAAAUGUGUCUUCUUUUUACUCUUUUUUUAUUUGAAUAAUUGAUAGCAUCUAUGUUAUCAUCCUUAUUAUUUUAUUGAAUACAGGAUUGGAAGUUACUUGGAAAGAUAUCGUCUUUGCCCAAACAUCGAGUAUUCUGUAUGCCUUUGGCCAAUUCAUAAUGGCCUUUGCUAUCAUAAAAGGCAAAGGUGGAACUGCAAGUGCUCUGAUAGAAACGAUAGGAGUGUAUCAAACAAUUAUUGAAGCUGUUGCUUAUUCGAGAUUCCCAAAUAUAUGGCAAAUUUUUGGAAUGGUAUGAGCAUUCUUAUCAUCUAUCAUCAUAGUUCUUGGAUAUCAUUUCUGAAGAAGACAGCCGAGUGGCUAAAAACAUUCAUUUGGUAUGCUCAAUC